ACGGCCACCACUCCCUUUCCACCGCCACUAAAGCUGUAGUAAAUCAUGUUUGUCAGUUACUAAAUCCCUAAAAGCAGAAGCAAAUUCAAAGUACAGAGAGAUUGGUCCGAGUGCAUAAAAGAGAGCCAGUCACUUGCUGGUGGUCGAAGGUGGGACAAGCAAGACGAAUGCGGAACCUGCUCAUCUCAUCACCAUGGCAAUGAAAUUGAUACCGCUGGCUCUCUUGCUUGCUGUCCAUUGUACCCGGGCACUUGAAUGGGAAGCGCUUGGCUGCUACAAGGACUCGUGGUCACGCACGAUGCCAAACUUUUUCAAGAAAAUCGAGUACGACAAGAAAAACCCCAACUUCCAGGACAUGUUUGAACAGUGCCGCGUGGAGGCUGAGAAACUCGGCUAUACCUACUUUGGCCUGCAGAACAUGAAGGAGUGCUGGGGGUCACCUAACGGCAGGGAAACCUACAAUACUCUGGGAUGUAACGAUAACUGCGAGCGUCGUAGCGAUGGCAAGUUUGGCGCUGGAACAAAUUGGUCAAACUUCAUUUACCGAGUAAAGAAAGAUUGGACGGAUUGCAGCGCGAAGGUCUGUGGAGAUGGCGUGCAGUACAAGCUUGUUUUAUCACAAGACAAGGGACCAAAAUGCCCCUUCUAUAACGUUCUGGUAAAAAGAAGCGACAAGACAAGGAAAUGCAGCGCGGCUAAGUCAUGCGGAGAGAGAGACUACGAAACUCUUGGAUGUUACGAGGACUCCUUCGACCGUGGACUUCCCAAGUAUCUGGGAAACGUUGGACCCUUCGAUGCAGAGAAAAAAAACUUUGAAGAGGUUUUUAACCAGUGCAAGACAAAGGCAAAGGCAGCAGGCUUGUUCUACUUUGGAGUCCAGGAUGAUAAAGAAUGUUGGGCGGGAGACCUCAAUGCCAAAUACAACAAGCACGGCUGUAAAGGCAACUGUAUCACUGAUCCGAGUGGACUGGGAGUGGGCAGAACGUGGUCCAACUAUGUUUUCAUGUUCAAGCAAGAGUGGAGUUCAUGUACUAAGACGUGCGGGGGCGGCGAGAAGCAGAAGUAUGAGUCGGAGCUGGCCACAGGUGAUGCUUCAUGUAGCGACGGUACGAGGAAGUCUGUGCUAAAGAAAGCGGCGUGUAACACCGACCCUUGCGCAGUUGACGGCGGCUGGAGUGACUACUCGUCCUGGUCUUCGUGUACCAAGAGUUGCGGUGGCGGAACUCGGACACGAACUCGCACAUGCACCAACCCGAAACCCUCAAGUGGCGGUAAAGACUGCGUGGGAGAUGCCAAGCAGACUAGGGAGUGCGGGAAAGCGCCAUGCCCAGUUAACGGCGGCUGGAGUGACUACUCGUCCUGGUCUUUGUGUACCAAGAGUUGCGGUGGCGGAACUCGGACACGAACUCGCACAUGCACCAACCCCAAACCAUCAAGUGGCGGUAAAGACUGCGUGGGAGAUUCCAAGCAGACUAGGAAGUGCGGGAAAGCGCCAUGCCCAGUUAACGGCGGCUGGAGUGAUUACUCGUCCUGGUCUUUGUGUACCAAGAGUUGCGGUGGGGGAACUCGGACACGAACUCGCACAUGCACCAACCCCAAACCAUCAAGUGGCGGUAAAGACUGCGUGGGAGAUGCCAAGCAGACUAGGGAGUGCGGGAAAGCGCCAUGCCCAGUUAACGGCGGCUGGAGUGAUUACUCGUCCUGGUCUUCGUGUACCAAGAGUUGCGGUGGCGGAACUAGGACACGAACUCGCACAUGCACCAACCCCAAACCCUCAAGUGGCGGUAAAGACUGCGUGGGAGAUGCCAAGCAGACUAGGAAGUGCGGGAGAGUGCCAUGCCCAGUGAAUGGAGGAUGGAGUGAAUUCUCGGAAUGGACAAAGUGCACCAAGACAUGCGGCGGAGGGAAACAAGAACGAACUCGCACAUGUACAAACCCAUCCCCUUCUAACGGGGGGAAGGACUGCGUGGGGGAUGCUAAAGAGGAGAAAGAUUGUAACACAGACAAGUGUCCACCUAAGCCUUGCAGCCCUGAGGACAUCGUCAACAAGGUGGUCGAGGCCCUCCCUAAAGGAGACGCCACCAUCAACAACAGACUUAUUUCUGCCGUCAUCCAAGUCGUCAAGGCAAUGGACAAUGAAAUUCCCAAGAACGUGAAGGUCACAGAGGAAGAAAUGAUGGAGCGCUUAGUAAAAGCCGUAAAGCACAAGGGACGCGAAUACGCGAGGAUGAUGAUGGGCUACAUCCUUCAAAAGCAAGACGACUGUCAUGGCAAAUCAGAUAAGAUCAUCGAUGACAUCAAGAAGAACCUUGGCGACGACGACUUCAAGGAUUUUCUUGCCGUGAAUGGCGACGUUUCUCUCAUCUUCACCAUCGAUACUACCGGUAGCAUGAAGGAUGAGAUUAAUGCAGCCAAAGCUAUUGUUAAGGCCAUCGCUGGCUACGAUCGCAAAGGAAAGGUCGACUACAUCUUGUCCCCUUAUAAUGAUCCAGGAAGUGGACCGGUCAGCAAGUUUGAUCAUUCUAAGAGAUCGCAGUUCGAAAGCCAAAUCAAUGCUCUUCGGGCAUAUGGUGGUGGGGACUGCAAAGAGCUCACCUUCAACGGUAUUGUCGACGCAAUCAUGACUGGUCACCCCGAGGUGGGAUCACCUAUGUAUGUCUUCACGGAUGCUCCACCCAAAGCCCCACACAAAGACAAAGACAAGGUCAAGUACAACCGCGACACCUCCAUUGGAUUAGCCCUGGACUACAUGAUCCCUGUCAACUUCUUCUUCAGUACCAGAGGAUGUGGUAAUCCCGGUAACAACGCGGACUACAAGUCUAUCAUCGAAGAUACCGGUGGGAUUGGUCUCUUCUUUAACAAUCCAGCGGCAAUAGCCAGCGCUGAUAAGAUCGUGAGGUCUGAUCUUGACGGUUCAACGAUUAUCGCUGCCGGUGGAAGCUCGACGUUUAAAGGUCGGCGUGAUCUUCUGGAGAUGGUACGACGUGCCGCGGACUCUGUCAAGACUUUCCCCGUAGAUGAAAGCGUUGAUAAGUUGACGGUCUAUAUCUCAGCUAAGCUCUAUGCAGACAGGGUGAGUCUACGUGAUCCAAGCAACAAGCAGGUCAGAUACACGAUGACAAUGAAUGGAGGUCUGCUGUGGUUUAUCGAGAAACCCAAGGUCGGCAAGUGGCAGAUCGAGGUUCCAGGAUUUGUGCGGAACUUUGCCUUUCAGGUGAAGUCCAGCUCUAUCGCCAACCACCAAUUCGAUGUUGAAUUCACUAAGCUCAUCCUACCGGCAAAGUUCGUUGUCUCACUCAAACAUCCCCUCAAAGGAGAGAAGGCCAACGCCAAGAUUAUUAUUCCUCAAAUAUCUAGAGUCGACGAGUCUUCCCUCAAGUUGAAGAUCGUCCAUUCCGGUGGCGAGACUGACCUGGCAAUGAAAGACUACAAGAUCACCUUCGACCCUCCUGACUCUCCCUUCAAGUUCAUCCUCACUGGACGUACCCACGACGGUAACGAAUUCCAGAGACUUUCCCGCGAAACUUUCACUGCUGGGGAGGCGGUACUGCGCUCACAGAUCAAGAGUGAUCUCCUGACCAUCAAGAAAGGAAUGAAAGCCAAUCAUCGCUUUGUGCUACACAACAAUGGCCCAACAAACACCUUCGAGAUCACAGCCAGGAUGGCGCCUACUACUGGUGUGAGGAUCAGUGAGCCCUCUGCACAGUCACGGACGGUUACUAAGAAUAGGUAUAGUUAUAUUGCAGUGUACCUCGAAGCCCACAGCUCCGUGCCCGUGGGAACCCCUGUAACCCUGUACAUCACUGCUAAGGGAAGGUCAAGAGGAGUCCAGACCAGCUUGGUCUCCAAUUUGAUUGUCUAUUAGACACAGUGUAUUGUAUUGAAGGAUAGAAAAUGAACGAAAUUGAUUUGACCCAAUAAAGAAAUUAUGACAAAAA